AUGAAAAGACUGAGUAGUGAGAAUGCUUCCAUGAAGAGAGAAAAUGAGCAACUGAAAGCAAAGAUGACGACACUUGAACACCAGGUGAAUGAAUUGGAUCAAUAUCAUAGAAGGAUCAACUUAGAAGUGGCAGGUGUUCCUGAGAAGGAAGGUGAGAAUGUGAGAGAGGCUGUCCUUCACGUCAUGAAGAAAAUUUCACCAGAGGUAUCCAACGACGACAUUGAUGUGACACAUCGACUUGGUCAGAGGAGAGAAGAUGGUCCAGCCAGACCAAUCAUCGUUCGAUUCACAACCAGGAGGAUGAGGGAUACUCUAUACUCAGGCCGUAAAAAACUGAGGGAAACAUCAACCCGUCAACUGGGAUUCUCAAGAGAUGAAGGAAAGGUGUUCCUCAACGAAAAUCUAGCCCCAGCUAAGAAGUCUCUCCUAAAGAAAGCGAAUGACGAGAGGAAGAAGGUGGGAUACAAGUUCUUAUGGACAACGAAUGGCACCAUUCUGGUGAGGAAGAGCCCGAAUGUUCCACCGGUUGCUAUUCAUCGAGAAGAGGAUCUGAACAAAAUUAAGUAA